CACAUCUGCCGUGAACCAACAGCAGACGCCUUUAUGGACAAAAACGGGCCUGUCCCGCUGAUCUUUGCAUAUAUCCGGCGUUUCACUGUGUCUAUAAGGGUAUUUUAUUGCAGUACAGUACCAGUGAUCCUUUUUUCCCCCUGCACAGUAUGAGGUAUCACUUUCCUUCGUUUGUUGAAAACGCCAUCCUGUUCCAAGUUUUGUGCAUAGUUACUGGUUCAGGCAUCCUAUUUGGCUCUGUCUCACGUCAUUGCGAUCGAAAAUCUAUUCUUCUCUCACUCAUGUCGUACUCUCGCACAUCUCCAGCAAGGGAUCAUGGGGAUCAAUCUUCUACGGUGUUUUACUGUAUCACAGGAACUGAAGUUGAGGUUGUCUCCGUUGAUGAUGAUUUUCUUUCAACUUGUGACAUCUCGGACUGGGAACAUGUACCCGCGAUACCGGAAGUUUAGUAGGUAUGCUUGAUUAUGCCAGGUUCAAAUAUCAAAAGGAACUCAUGUCGCUCAUUGCCAAUGCGAAGACUGUAUAGCAAAUAUCCAGAAACAAACCUACGUAUAUCGAAAAAAAUCGUGAUUCGUACAAGGAUGCUC